GAAAAUAAUUUGAUAAGAAGGCUUACCAAACAAACAAACUGGCAUCCUCCUCCAUCCACACCUAACACUUUGAAGCUUCAACUAUAAAAACAAACCAAGGAACCAAACAUUUCCUUUAUAACACAAAGAAAGUAAAGUAAGAUGGAGAAAGGCAAGUGUGUGGGUGUGAUUUGCUGUAUGCUGCUGCUUGUUUCCAGCAGUAGCCUCGUUGCCUCUCAGACGAUCGUCAAAGCCCUUCCCGGUUAUCCCGAUCCUCUCCCUUUCAAACUAGAAACAGGCUACAUCGGAGUAGGAGAAGAUGAAGCCGUGCAGCUCUUUUACUACUUUGUUGAGUCGGAAGGCAACCCGGACGAGGAUCCUCUCAUUAUCUGGCUCGCCGGAGGACCCGGCUGUGGCACUCUCCGGGCAUUCUUCUUUGAAAUCGGUCCAAUGCAAAUUGAGUAUGGGAAAUAUAUGGAUAACGUCCCAGCACUGAAACUGGACCCAAAUUCUUGGACAAAGGUGGCAAACGUUAUAUAUUUGGAUGCACCCACAUUAACUGGAUAUUCAUACACAACAACUCCAGAAGCCGUCCGUUCCAGUGAUACAGACUCGGCAAAACAAACCGCGGAAUUUAUGAGAAAGUUUGUUAGGGAUCAUCCAAGGUUUUUGAAAAAUCCCAUGUAUAUUACCGGAAUUUCAUAUUCAGGGAUUGUGAUACCAAUGAUCACUGAGGAGUUAUAUAAAGGUAACGAUGAAGGACUGCAGCCAACUGUAAACAUUCAGGGAUACAUGGGAGGAAACCCCUUGACAGACAAAACUGGUGAUAUUAAUUCUAGACUUGAAUAUGCUUAUCGUGUGGCACUUAUAUCUCGAGAAUUAUAUGAGGCAACCCUAAAGGAUUGCAAUGGAGAUUAUGCAGAAGCGGACUCUAACAAUCUGCGAUGUAUGCUGGAUAUUGAUGAAGUUAACAGACGUGUCGGAGACAUCAACAUCCAACAAAUAUUGGAUCCGGAUUGCGAUCCAGCAACCAACUUGGUUAGAGGUGGAAAUCCCCUUGUAAAGGGUAAUCGGAAAAUUUUAAAGGCCAAUCCAAUUAGAAUGCUUCCUACACGAUCUACACUAGUCACAGAUACCACGUUUUGCCGAGGUGAAUAUUAUGACUACGCAACUCUCUGGGCCAAUGACGAAAAUGUUAUGAAAGCACUGAACGUACGGCAGGGCACGGUGAAGGAAUGGCUGUUAUGCAACCUGGACAUGAAGUACAAUUACGGUAAACCUUCAAUGCCACAAUAUGAAUUUAAUGUUCGGAGUAGUGUGGUCUACCAUCAAAAAUUAACUCAGAGAAACUGUAGAGCUUUGAUUUUCAGUGGAGAUCAUGACAUGAUGGUUCCACAUGUGGGCACACGCAACUGGAUAAAUACUCUUAAUCUCACCAUCACAGAUAGUAAUUGGGAACCAUAUUAUGUUAACGGUCAAAAUGGAGGAUACAAAACCACCUAUGCCCGUCAAAACUAUUCCUUGGUCUUUGCUACUGUCAAGGGAGCCGGUCACACAGCUCCAGAGUUCAAACCAGCAGAAUGCUUCGAGAUGGUUAAGAGGUGGUUCGCCCAUAGACCUAUCUAGCCAACCCAACCCAAUUAAUGCAUCCUUUUUUAGUUAAUUAUUAUGUUGGCCAUUCCAUUCAUUUUAGUGCUUUGUUAAGCUUUUGUAUCGUUGUAAGUUUAUCCAGUCAUAUUUUAUACAUGUACUGUGGCGUAUAAUCCGGGUAUGUCAACUCGAUCAAACCAGUUGAAGCUCGCCCCGGGCACCAAGAAGCAGCUUGACCCUCUUAUUAGUUAUAUGGAGGUUACAAAUUGUUUCAUCAAGUGGCUUCAAUUCUUGUGUAAUAUAAAUAGGAGCUAGUGUUUUUUUUUUUUUUUUUUUUUUUUUUCAGAAUGUAGCCGUUGUAAUUCCAACUUUAUUUAUGUUUAAUAAUACAAACAUUUUGUGCUUCUUC